UAUGUGUUCAUCAACCCAAAACUAAUAUAUUUUGCUCUGCUUCUCUUAUCAACAGGAUUGAAUUCUUACCUCUGGUUACCUUUCAUUCCUUUUGUCGUGAUUCUUAUCGUUGGGACAAAACUUCAAGUGAUAAUAACAAAACUAGGACUACGAAUCCAAGAGAAAGGCGACGUAGUAAAAGGCACAACGCUUGUUCAGCCCAGUGAUCAUUUCUUCUGGUUCGGUCGCUCACGUUUCAUUCUCUUCCUCAUUCACUUGGUUCUCUUCACGAACGCGUUUCAACUCGCUUUCUUUGUCUGGAGUACGUAUGAAUUCGGUCUAAAGAACUGUUUCUAUGAAAGCAGUGUAGAUGUAAUCAUCAGAAUCUCAAUCAGACUUAUUGUCCAGAUACUUUGCAGCUAUGUUACUCUUCCUCUUUACGCUCUAGUCAAUCAGGUGGGUUCAAAGAUGAAACCAACAGUGUUCAACGAGAGAGUAGCAACAACAUUAAAGAGUUGGCAUCACACAGCAAAGAAACAGAUCAAACAUGGAAGAACCUCAGAAUCAACCACACCUUUCUCUAGCCGACCAACAACACCAAUGCCUACUUUGGUUCAGUAG